AUGUUGGUCAUUCUCUCGACAGUCUACGAGUUUCUAAACUACUAUUUCAAGAAUCCAGAGCCUCCGAUCAAAAAAUUGCCACCCGAAAUCCUUGGCGCAAUUUUCGCAAAAGUAAGUUUUCCAACAAUUGUAAAAUCAAUAUGUGCUGUUUUUUUCAGCUUGAAUACGAAGAUGUUCAAAACUUCAAAAACUCAUCAAAGUUUCUCUGGGAUGCCUAUAAAUUUGAACGUCGGAUGAUUGCUGGACCAACUUGUGAUGCGAAAGUGUAUUACAAUAAAAACAAGGAACUUCGACUAGAAAUAACAAUUAUGGAAAAAACAAGAAUUAUUCCAUUUGAUCAAUGGAAUUAUUAUUUCAAAAAUGCAAAGUGUAAAGAAUUCAAUGUGAUUGUAGAAGAAGAUGAAAUUCCAUUAGAACUCUUGAAGAAAAUUUUGUGCUGUAAAUCAAUCGAUAUUUCAAUCUAUUCUGGAAAAUCAAUCAAUCAAAUGUCAAUUGACCUUUUUGCUGUGUUCAAACCUCAAAGUUUCAAAAUCGUUAUGAAUGACUGGAAUUUCAAAAUAAAGAAUUGUUCCGAUCAUACAUGUGUUAUGAUCCAUUGUCUUAAAACUAUUGAUGAUGUUGUUGAAGCAAUUAAAUACACUUAUAAUUCAAUGAUUCGUUUAUAUCCGGAAAUUUAUGAGAGAAACGAGAAUUCUUUGAUAGUGAGUUCUUUUUUUUUGCAAAAAAUAAUCACAAAUAAAUAUUUUUCAGAAAUGCAAAUCUAACAUUGAAUAUUAUCAUCGCUACUUAUUUCAUUUUGCUCCGAAUACAGAUGAACAAAAAGUUCGAUCGAUUGAGAUGUUUUUGGAGAACAGUCUUUCAAAUGUUUAUGGAUUUCAUGUAAACUGCAGAUUUUACGAACAUACCGAAGACCUUAUCAUGCUGUUUAGCUUCAACUAA